AAACAAAGAAAACAACAAUGAGAAUAUCAAAGCCUGUUAAACCAUCUAGAAAAAACCAAACGAAAAGAUACAUCUAAACAAUUAGAGAACAAUUAUCAUUCAUAUAGAGCAGUAAAUUGUCUCGAAUACAAAGAAACGUUUCGUAUUCUAUUGUCUUUUUGUAGAAACUCUCGUUAUCAUGGCCUCCAUUGUAUUAUCUAGCUCAGAGAAAAGAGCAAUACUUUAGUUUAUGUCAAUAUAAAGACAGUAAGAGAUAAAAAAUAAAAUUCUGCUAUUUCAAAUUAUUGCUUACUAUAUCAUACAUAAUUCUCUAUCUAUUUCAGAGAUCGAACGAAAACUGAAAAUGUAAGAAACACAUGAAAUGAGAACGAAGACAAUGAUCCAGUUAUUAAAACCCUAUUUGAAUCAGUUGCACAAAUAUUUGCCACUUGAUCAUUUUCAUUUACCAUUAAUGAAAUACUAAAACUUAGCAUUGUGACCGCUUCUCACAUUCACACCCAUCCAUCCACACGAAUACCCUACUUCGACAAAAAAUUCUCUUUUUCGGAGAAUUCUUUGAAAUUCGUUACGAGAGCCAUUUGACAAUCCUAGUUGCUUAAGUGAAAUAUCGAUAUCAUCGUAGCUGUUACACACUACUGUAAAAUGAAUUUAUCAAUCUAGAAUUUGUUGAAAAUUUUAGAACAGAAUAAAUUCAGCAAAAUUCUUGUGAUUUUUCGAAAUCCUUUUAGAAUUUUAAGCCAUCUGACGAUUCUCUCAGCCGAGAUGAAAUCUAGAUUAUGGUAGCUGUUACACACCCACCCACACCCACCCACCCACACCCACCCCACACCCACCCCACACCCACACCCACACCCACACCCACACCCCACACCCACACCCACACCCACACCCACCCACUAAGUAGAGCCCGUCGGGUUAGUCUCAAACCCAAAUUAGGGUCUGAAAUUUUUCUGUUAACCGAGUUCAGUCAGUGUUUUAUUCAGCAUGAGUGCGAUGCUUCUCUAACGGUCGAAUUGGCCCUUCCGAAAGAGAAAAUCUGGAUAAAAUCCCCAGGUCCCGGUCAGGAAGUUUUCGACCUUACGGACUCCAUCAGUGAUCGUCAUCAUCGUUACAUCCCUAAUAUUCAUAGAAAAAUCAAAUGAAGGAAGUUUUUCGUGCAACUUUUUUGUUCAUAAAAAGCUCCAAUAGCAGCUAGAAUCUUGUAAAAGUUUCAGUCAAAAUUGAUGCAUCCUUCUUGAGAUGUUAAAUGUUAUAGAAAAGUUAGUUUUGAACAAUCAACUUCUCAAGAGGGGAUCAUAUGUAUCGAUUGAAACUUUGACAAGAUUCUAACGGCUCUUGGCCCUCUUUAUGAAAUUUCAUUAAACUGAUCAUUACUCUGAAAGGAAAGCCUAAUAGAACGAAUCCUUCUAGGCUUAUUCUAAUCUUACAGAUUUCUAUUUGUAGGAAAAAAUAAAUAUGAACUCGAAUGUUGAGUAUCAGUUCGGAAAAUUUACAAUAAGAAAGAAAGACUAAUUCAAAAAAAAUAAAACAUAAAUAAAUCAUUUAGCAUUAUUCCAUUUGUACGUGAAACACCAUUUCGUCAAAGUAUCUCAGAAAAACGUCGUGUAACUCAUCAAUCAAAUAAACUAAUUAUUCAAUGGAAACAACGAUCAUUGCAUGAUGGUCGAACACUAACUGAACGAAAACAACCAAUACGAACAUUGCCUGAUUCAUCAUCAUCGAAAAAUAAUAAUAAUAAUAAUCGUUCAUUACCUGAUCUUAUUCAUUUAUCAUCAUUUGAAAGUAUUUAUACAAUACCUGAAGGACAUGAUUCACCAAAUGUUGUACUUCUUAAUAAUGAAGAACGUAAACGUCAAGCAAAAUUACGUAGACGAGCAUGUAAUGAUUCAUUUCGACAAGCUGUUGAUGAAUCUUAUUGUCAUAAUCAAAAUGUCAAUGAGAGUGGUCAACAUCUUGUGAAGCAUGUAAUAUCACGUUGUGCCCUUGCUACAUCACCAGAUGACAUUAUUAUUACUGCUCUUGAUGCCGUAACUUGGACAAAAAAUGCUUGGGAAAGUGUCACUCAAUUAACAAUCCGCAACACAUUUCGUAUGGCAGGCUUCGUUCAUCCAAAUACUCAAGAUACUAUUAGUGGUACAAUCGACAAUGAAAAUGAUACAAAUGAAGAAACUAUUAUUGAUGAUAUUACAACAGCAUUAAAAGAUCUUGAUACUCUUCUUGCUCAUAUUCAUAUUGAUGGACAAAGUCUUUCAGCAAGUGAAUUCGUCGAAAUGGACUUAGAUACACCAACUUUCAAUGAAUGGAAUGAAUCAGACAAUGAUGUAAUCAUCGUCGAUGAAGAAUAUGUCAAUAAAAAACAUAAUAAUAAUGAUCAGGAUGAUGAUAUACUAACUGAAGCACCACCAAAACUCAUCGAUGCAAUGGAAAUGGCUAAAAAGUUACACCUUCUGGCUUCUACUCAAUAUCCAGAAUUACAUUCACUUAUUUCUCAAUUAGAUUCACAACUGACUCAACUCUUUAUCGAUUCCAAAGGUGCGAAACAAACUAAGAUUGAUGAUUUCUUUUGUAAAAAUUAA